GGUCAACAGCAGUCUGUCCAGCGAUGAGCUCCUCCUGGAAGACUUGGAGACUGAAGGAGAGAGGCAGCUGAAGAGCCUUCUUCACCACCAGCUUGAUACCACUGUCUCCAUCGAGCAGUGCAAGUCAAAGCGGAGAUGCUUCGCCCCUGCAGCUUUUUACAAGCCUUUUGGGGAAGAGGCUGCGGGGGCUUUGACCUUGUCACAGUUCCAGGCCCUGCAGGAGAGCAACAAAGAAACUGCCUCUCUUCGGGAACUGGGCCUCUCCGACUCGGAGAUCCUGCUCUGGAAGAACCGGGCUUCAGCAGGCAAGGGCUCUGGGCUGGGAGCAGCCCCGGAGGCCACGCAGGACCGACUCCAUGCCAUCCAGGAGAAGAUGAAGAUUCUUUCUCUGCCCCAGAGGUUUGCUGGUAGCAAACAGCUGAGCCGGCGGGAGAUGGAGAUUGAAAAUGCCCUCUUUCAGGGAACAGACCGCCACUCCUUCCUCCGGGCGCUCUACCAUGAAGAUGACACUCAGAAGAGGGUAACAGAUGAAAAGGACCCCAUGGUUCAUCUGGAGAGUGUUUACCAAGAGCUGCUGAGCAAGAAGUGGCCUGAAGAAGUCCAGCCUACCAAGAGUGACCCAUGCUUGUGCCCUUCCCUGGCCCUGCAGGGGCCUGUGGCAGAGGAGUCAUCGCUUCCAGAGCAGGAAGAGCAGGCAGAACAGGCGAGAAGUCCCAGCCUUCCUGCAACAAGACCCCACAAAUCCCCUCCAAGGUUUGUGAUUAUCAAAGAGCCUGUAGAGUUUGUGCCGGAAGAGGAGAUCCGCAAGAACCGUCUCUCAGAGCAAGAACUCCGGAAUAUACCCCGGUUCUCAUCCUACCAUCCUGGGGAGCCCAACAAGGUGCUGUAUUUGAAGAACCUGGGCCCUCGAGUGACAAUGAAGGACCUAGUGUCCUUGUUUGCUCGAUUCCAGAAGGAGGACAGCCCACCGAUCCAGUUCCGCCUCCUGAGUGGCCGGAUGAGGGGUCAGGCUUUCAUCACCUUCCCUGAUAUUCAGUCGGCCCAGGAUGCCAUGCUGUUGGUAAAUGGGUACAAUCUGCAGGGGAAGCCGCUGGUGAUAGAAUUUGGGAAAAGCAAGGGGCAUUCGCCAGAGAGUGACUCUGCCAUCCCCUGCUCCUCUGCUGGAGAGAACCCCCCUGGCAAGUAA